GACCUGUUGUCUGCUCGCGGUUUAUGGUUGCUCGUGCAGUGAGAGAGGGUCGUUACAUCCCUCUGUAUCAGACUGGUGAGUGAUUCUGAAGCUCCUCUUUCAGAGACAGGCUUUAGUCUGUUUACUCCGCACACUUCUCCCUCGUGAGCAGGGCUGUAUGAUUUUCUUUCUGUUAUAUAAGUUACGAUUUAAAAAUACAGGAAUUUCCCCCAUUUUCACCAGAAGAUAUUGGUCCAACAUGUCUCAGUAUUAUUAACGCACUCUGGGUAUUCAAGAUUGGAGUAAAAUAAGUACCAUUGGUCAGAUAUGCGGUACAAGUCAAAAGUUUGGUAACAGCUCUCUUCUCAUUCAACAUGUUUUAUUUCUUUUCAUGAUCAUUUUUAUGUAGUAAACUUGAUAUUGAAGAUAUUAAAGUGAUACAAAAUAAUUCCACGUGUUGCCGUAUUAAAUAAAGUGUUAAACAAACUAGAAUAUGGUUUAUAUUUUAGAUUAUUCUAAGUAGCACAUUUAUCUUUAAGGACAGAUCUGCACACUCUUGGUAUUUUAAUCUCAUUGUCUUUAUGAGGUAGAGUCAUCUGGAAUAAUUUUCUUAGAGGCUUGAAGGAAUUAGUUCCUUGAGGUGCUGAACAAUAAUAGUUACUGCUUUUCCUUCAAGCUGUAAAGCUCCAGCUCAUCCCAAAUCCGCUUUUUUGCAUUUACUACGCAAUUCCGAUUCCAUAUGUGUCCCUUAAUUAUUUUCAUGUCUUUAAUAUUAAUCUACAAUGCAGAAGAUAAAUUAAAUAUAAAAAUACAAAAAAUCAAUUAGAAGUUGUGUCCAAACUUUUGACUGAUAAUGUAAUCCGCCACUGGUACAUAUCUCAUGAAAAAAAUGAAUAGUGUAAAUUUUACUAUUGUAUCAAAUGAUAAAAUAAUAAAAAUUAAUCAUUAAAAUGUGCCUAUGUCCCAGGGCAAAAGGAAGUCAAAACCACUGCACUGCCUGUGGGGUAAGAGUCUGGGGCCUCCUGCAUUGAAUGUUGAUGUGAUUUUUGGAGUCCAUGUUCUUUGAGCGAAGAACAUAGAACAUAGAAGACGUAAUCUGCAAGAGAGUUUCACAACUUAUGGUGCCUUAUACCUUAUUUGGCAUAUGUAAUAAAAUGUCAAAUGAUAAAGUAUAAUGUCUUUCUGACAGUCCCUUUCUAGGGAUGUACUCGGAGGAUUGGAGUAGAUUGGGACCUAGAGGAGAGAGGAGUGCGAUAUCCAAUCUCAGUUUCAGUAAACUACCAGAUGAAGACCUCCGGAAAAGGGAGAUCAUUCGCAGAGACUCAGAAGAGCCGAUACCUGACGACCGCUACCAUGGCGUCUACUUUGCCAUGCUGUUGGCUGGCGUGGGCUUCCUGCUACCAUACAAUAGCUUCAUAACAGAUGUGGAUUACCUCCAUCGCAAAUUUGCCGGCUCCUCUAUCGUGUUUGAUAUGAGUCUGACGUAUAUACUGGUGGCUCUUGGUGCUGUCAUUCUAAACAACGCCCUGGUGGAGAGAUUGAGUUUACACACACGCAUAAGUGUUGGGUAUCUCUUUGCACUGGGCCCUCUGGUGUUUGUGAGUGUGUGUGACGUUUGGCUAGAACUUUUUAAUUCACAGCAAUCCUACGCCAUAACCCUCGCUGCCGUUGCCAUCGUCGCCUUUGGCUGUACAGUGCAGCAAUCCAGUUUCUAUGGAUACACCGGAAUGCUGCCAAAGCGAUACACCCAGGGUGUGAUGACUGGAGAAAGCACGGCGGGAGUGAUCGUCUCACUCAGCCGGAUCUUCACCAAGCUGCUGGUGGAGAACGAGAAGAACAACACCAUUAUUUUUUUCCUCUUUUCCGUUUCCAUGGAGACCCUCUGCUUCUUGUUGCACAUGCUGGUGCGGCGGACCCGCUUUGUACGUCACCACACUGAAAGGGCUCGCCUGGGUGACACCUGGGUCAACGGUCAGAUCAGUGCAGCUUCAGUGCAGCAGAGGAGCAGAUAUCAGAUACACAGAGAUGCCAGCACAGAAGAUGAGGAUGGUCCUAUCUCCAGCACCCCAGUUGAAGCCGAUGCUGCUAACCUCAAUAAUGGUGAUGGAAUGUACGUCAGAUUUGAUGUCUCCAAACCAAAGACCAAGAGGACAUGGAGCAGUAUCAAAGAUGUGAUGGUGCGGAGGUGUGCAGUCGCCCGUGUGAUCUGGCCCUACAUGCUCUCCAUCUCUGUGACGUACUUCAUAACCCUGUGUCUGUUCCCGGGGCUGGAGUCCGAGCUGCAGAAUGACACACUGGGAGAGUGGCUACCCAUUCUCACUAUGGCUCUGUUUAACAUGGCUGACUUCGUGGGCAAGAUCCUGGCUGCGUGCCCGUAUGAAUGGGGUGGUGUGCAGCUGCUGGUGUGCUCUUGCGUCCGUGUCCUGUUCCUGCCCCUCUUCGUGAUGUGUGUGUCUCCGGCACAGCACCCCCUGCUGUCUCACCCAGCCUGGCCCUGUGCCUUCUCCCUACUGCUGGGCAUCAGCAACGGCUAUCUGGGCUCUGUGCCAAUGAUCCAGGCAGCGGGGAAUGUACCACCACAACAAAGAGAGCUGGCAGGGAACACCAUGACCGUGUCCUACAUGGCUGGCCUGAUGCUCGGGUCUGUAGUGUCCUAUUCAACCUUCAGCCUCACCUCACGCUCUCCACACACACAUACACUCAAACUCAACUCAACCCUCACACUACACAGCUACACACCUGGGUUUUGACACCUUCGACUCCAAAUCUUCACACACUCACAUAUUUAUUCACACAUUUGUUUGCACUGCUGCAGAAGUUAUGAAAAAGUGAGGACGAUGUGUUCUGUCUCGAUGUAAUAAACACCAUUUAGCCA